CUCAGGGAGAGUCCCCUAGUUUCCAAAGAGACACACGCGGAGCAGAGGCCGAGGGAGUGAGGCCUAGAGACGACCCCUGGGCUGGGGUGGGUGGGCAUUGAGAGCGCCGGGUGACUUCUGAGGGCAGCGGCCCUGAGCUUGUGGGGCUGAGUCAGAGGUUCUCAGGAGGCACGGCACGGACGGGUCCUGAUCCUCUGUCUCCCGUGGAAGGUGGCAGAGAGGCCUCACCACUUCUGGGCAUCUCCUCAGAGCCUAGCCCUGAGGCCAGUGGACCUCCAGGCGGGCUUUCCUCUUUCAGAGCCCAGAAUGAGCAUCAGGACCAUCUCCCUGGCCAUCCAAGUGGUCAAGAACACACUCUCCGACACCCGGUCCAAGCUGUCUCAUGUUACAGGAUUGGGUGCCGGCGGAACCUCUGGCCCCCAGCAUGUCUGUGCUCUGGCCUCUUGGGUGAGGAUGGCCGUGCUCCGCAUGAUCGGGCAGCUGGCCCUGUCCGGAUUCCAGGACAGGAUCAAAGGCUGGGGCCUGAAGUACGUGUCUGUGCAGCUGACCUUGUCCACCUACAAACUGACCAACUGCAGGGACAACUUUGAUCAGAGGGGCCUAGAGGAGAAGAUGGUCCACAAGGUCCCCAUGGACACCGUGAGGAUCAUAACCUCUUCUGUCAGUGGGAUGAGCAAUGCAGAUUCUUCACCACCAGAGCCGCUCGGGGAGCCCAUGCAUAUGUAUGCAUGUGUGUAUAUGUUGUGAAGGGACAGUGGGACCAGACUCCAAGUAGUCCUGCCCUCAGCCUUGCCCAGAUGACGGCAGUCAUCCUGUGAACUUUGAGGAGAGCAUCUGAUGAGCUGCCUUAGAAAACCUAGGGCUUCUCUGUCACUGUAGAGACUGCUUUUUUUUUUUUUUUGGUAGAGGCUUCUUUUGUUUAUCUCUUCCAUUUAUCCAGAUAUCUAUCUGUUAGUGCCUUGCAUGUGCCACGCACAGCUAGGUUUAUAAAUCUUGAGAAUUGAGUGGAGGUGGGAGGGCGGGAGCAGACCCAGAAGUAAGGAGGUCCAGUCACACCUGGGCCAGCAGGAAUUGCUGUGUGGCCAGCUUACCCACCCUGAGUGGGCACAUAGCUACUGGGGUGGGACCGGCAAACUUGGAUCAGAAGUGAUUCUCCCCAGGGGUGACUCUGUGAAGUCUGGUCUUUUUUGUUGUUCAGUCGUGUCUGCCUCUUUGGUCUUUGGGGGUUUGCUAUAGGAAGAACGGGGUUUCAGCUGAACCCCCUGACCAGGCAGGGGAGAAUGGAGAGGAGCUCUUUCUGGGUUUAGAUCGGUCGUUCUUAGCCUUUCUAGGAUCAUAGUUUCUUCAGAAAUAUAAGACACCUGUAGACGUUC